CAUACAGCAGCUUUUGUACUAUCCAUGCCAACACUUCCGAUCACACAACAACAGAAACGUGCCCCACCGAGAAAAUCUCGAGCUGAGCUCUGAUUACAAUACGCGAUAGCGGCUGCUGAUAAGAGUGCACAGCGAGUAGAGAACGUCGAUAUGAGUUUUGCAAUAAAAGCUUUAAAGCGUGGGCACUAACAGCAAAAGACUACAAUAGCACGAAGAAUCGCACUAACGGCUGAUUGUUUUUCGGCUGUAAGAUAGAAACCUUUUCAGCUUAGAGUUCAACGAAUAUGCAACAGCAACGCAUUUAUCUACACAGCUUAUGGCUAAUAAGCUUAUUUUGCUAUUGCUUGUGUGUCAGCAAAGAUAACAAAGUGGUGAAGGAAGUUGAGGCACAACAACCAACUGUGGAAAUGAUACAGCAGCGAAACUUUGAAUUGUUGCAGGAGGCCUUGCCGCUGGGCUGGAAGGCGUUCUGUGAGGCGCCCGUUGACGAGUCCGUCAUGCUGCUGCACAGCGGCAUAAAUCCGUGCGAUGCCAGCAUACAUGUGAUGACGAUAAACAAUCAAAGCAUUCAACUGCCCAUCAAGGCGAUAUCCGAGAUCAGCGACUUCGACAUCAAUCCCAAACGCAAAACUCUCGUCUACGUGAAUGCCUACUACACACCCGACAGCUACUUCAGUGUGCAAUCUCAUCUGAAGUUAUUACAGACGACACGACGUGAUCUCAAUAUUAUUGUUGUGGACUUUGCCAGAGAUGUGCUGCAGUUGUAUUACACCGUGCGGCAUCAUGUCGCCGUACAGGGCCAUUUCGUGGCGAAAAUACUCAAUGUGCUAAUACAAAAAGGCAUUACGCCGGAGGAUGUUACCUUGGCGGGUCAUUCAGUGGGCGCGAAUAUAGCGGCUUUGGCAGCCAACAUUUACGCCGAACAAAUGUCCAGCUCUAAUGCGCGGUUAAGUCAGUUGGUGGCCAUUGAUCCGGCGUUGAUGUGUAGUCCAGCGGAUGUUUACGUGCAGGCUAAUGUCAGCAGUCGUGUCGUCGUUAUACACGGUGAGGGUGAUGUGUUUGGUGUGCGCGAACGCUGUGGCAGCAUCGACAUUUAUCCGAAUGGCAUCGGUUUCUUUUCACGUCGCAAGCUGCAACCCGGUUGCGAUACGAAGGUCUGCAGUCAUAUGUACUCGUUCGUCUUGUUUAUGGAGGCACUGAUCGAGGGUGUUAUGAUACCGGCUGUGAAAUGCGAUAGUUGGUCACACUUCCGAAAGCGCCAAUGCGAUUUCAGUGAUGCGCUGGCGAUCGGUUUGAAGUAUCCCAAACAGGCAAAGGGUGUCUAUUUCUGUUUAACACAACCGAAUCCGCCGUUUACCUUCAUGGAGCAUGGCAUAAAGUAUGAACGCGGUUUGGCGUCCGCUGCUAAAACGAAUUUGCUUUAAAUGCUGGAAAGAGAGUUGUGGUUUAGGCUUUUUAAAAGUGCGUGGCGAAGCAUACAAGAUAAGAAUUAUAAAUUCCAAAAUCUUCCAGUUUCGGUAUCGGCCAAUUAUACUUUCCUUACUUGUUACGUUAUUACAUAGGAUUUCUAAAAUAUAUAAUAUUAAAUUUUAUAUACAUAAGAAUAAAGUUCAAGGCCUUUAUUUCGAUAACCCCAAAUUGCAUUUACAGAUGUGUUUACUUUUUCGGUGAAUCUCAAAUAUUGAAUAUCUGUUUCGUAUUGUUAAAACAUUUUUUUUUUUUAAUUUUGAAUAUUUUCAAAUAAAAAAAUUAAUAAUCUACGAGAUCGGUGGUCAUAUUUAUAGCUAUUUUGGAACCACAAUGAGUUCCCGAUAUGUGGUUCCUAAGCGAAAGUAAUUUAAGGUAAGCUGUUAACUUAGACUAAUUGACAGGUAAAAUGUGGCAGGUGUGUAGAAUAUAGAAUGUGAUAUUAUUUUGAGAAAAUAAAUACACUCAAUUUUGUACAGAUCUCUGUUUAUUGUGUUUUUAUAGGUUUAUGUAAAUAUCCAUCUGUUUGCUUCGCUAAAAAAAUUUGCGCACAAUUUGCAAACAAGUGGCAUAUUUUAUAUAUUUUUUCAAUUGGUAAAGUGCAUUUUUCGAACGCUUCGUUGUCCUAUAAAAAGCACUGCUUUCAGUGAAUUUCUCAUACAGUUUUCGAUUUGACGACGAAUUAGCGCUUGUGUUGAAAUCAUGAAGCUUAUUUUCUUGUUCAUUUCUUGCUUGCAAUUGUUUGCAGUAAAUUCUUUGAUUGAAGAUUCAGAGGUUGCACCUAGAAUGUAUGGUAAGUACCCCGGGUAUAUUACUAACGAAAUCUUCAAAGAGAAUGGCGAGAAAACCGUUUGUGGCGGCAUACUGUUUUCACCAUACGCAGUAGUAACAUUAGCUACGUGCUACCCGAAUAAUAAUGAAAACUAUACGGCUAAUGUAUUAAGCGGACAAACAACAUGUAUGGACUAUGAUCAAAAGCUAAGCGUUAGAAAAGUAAUCACAAAUGGUGUUUUGGCGAUCGUAUUUACAAAAGGAUCAUUUAACUUAACUGACACUACUCAAAUAGUUGGCAUUAAUACCGACGAAGUUCAACCAGAAGUUGUCAAAGCUGUGGGAUGUCCCACUCCUACGGGUCCGAUAUUUACAGCAAAUUUUUACAACGUAUCUGAAGAGGUUUGCACGAAAACAUUUAAUGACAACGCCAUGGGUGUAAAAACUGAAUGCGGAAAGUGCCCCGUUGAAGCCUCCACAUGUACAGCUCCUAUGGCUAACCCAACUUUCUGUAAAGAUAAUACAGCUCGAAGCUUGGCUUACAAAGUACAACGUCCCGGCUGCGAAACGGGGGGUAUCGUUGAUUUUCUACUAUUAUGGCCACAUCUUUCAUAUAUUGUCUCAAAUGUGCAAAAUGAACGCUGUGAAACUUCACAACCAGAAAAUCUUCUAAACCUUAAGUUAACAGUAUAAAUAUAUAUUUAAAAAUGGUGUCCACAUUUCUUUAAGCAUAAUGAAGUUUCUCUAAUUGAUUGCUUUUCUUUAGAAAUAUAUUUUAUUAAAAUCAAAUGUACACAUAUCCAUUUAUAGAAAUAAAAUCUGUUUAAAACUGCUGAGUUACGGUCUACGGAAGCUGAGUAAAUCCUACAUUGUAUUUUAUGGAAUAAAAAAAAUAGACGAA